AUGGAAAAUCCCGUUCGCAAUAUCAACCUCUGUCCAACAUGCACUCCAGGAAUGACGCAUGCAGAAGUGCUCACCCACGAGAGUGCCGAGACCUGCGCCAAGUUGCUGCGUGAAAAUCAUGCAGACUAUCACAUCUUUACUACCGAGGAAGAGGAAAAAGGGAUCUAUUUGCAUAAUCACAUCGUCCACCAUGACAUCACCCUUUGGGCUCUUGGAGCAUCCCCGUCUCAAAUCGAGACUCACCACAAAAGAAACACUUUAUAUCAACGAGACCCUCCAAAGAGAGAAGAGCGUCAUGUAGUACAAGAGAUGUCGGAUCCAGAGAAGUUUAAAAGCUUACUCGGAGAUGAAGCAUAUUAUCUUGACUUUGUGCACUUCUUUGAACAGGAAAUCCAGCGGCUUGGAUAUCCAGCGGUCUUACAGAAGUAUCUCGUGGAUGAAGGUGAAGUGGGAAUGGAUAUGCUGCCGCGCAUGUAUAUGGGCUAUGUUCAUUCUCUCAUGCACAUCGGCAUUGGGCUGGAGUUCAAACUCCCCGCUAUCAUGGCAGAAGGAUUUGCCCAGGCAGCUGUCCAUCAUGACUACUGGUACACAGAUUUUCUUCAUCGCGUGGAAACAGACGCAAAGCGCCAAGAGGAAAGCGCCUUGCCAUUGAGUGCAUGUGUGGAAGAGUGCCUUAAAGACCCGGUGGUUGUCCAUUGCUCAAGUAUUGAAUAUUUUCAACAGUUCGAAAACGGGAAGUUUGUACUACGAAAAGAGAUGGUUAGAGAUGGAGUUUGCGCGAACGCCGGCAAGGAGUUGGGGAGAAUAGCAGCUCGAUACAGAGUGGACCCCAAUGAUCUCGAACGGGCUACUGCUGAGUUGAUUAACACUGCAGUCUAUGCGGCGGCGAGUGCCCAACUCCCUCCUCACGAAUGCCGUUACGACUUUUUCCUAAUCCAUGGAACUAAUUCUUCCAUCUGGCACACUUCCUUGCUAGAAGAGCCAUCUCUGACAAACCAUCAAAAAGCACGACUUCUCGAAUACACCGGGAGAGUUAUUUUGAUGCUGUAUGCGAGUAUGGGUUGUCCUAAACCUCGACUCGACUGGCUGCUCAGCCAAAAGCCAAAACUACCUGUCUCCAAUUGGACUAUCAUUUUCCAGAGGGCUUGCUUACACGAGGAUGACGGACAUAUGUCUAAGCUUGUAAGAGCUAUUGCCCAUGCAGAAAAAGUGUCCAAACCGUUCGAUCAUCUCCCAGAAUUCAAAGUCAAGCAAGACAUGUUUUUGCCCGCAGCAGCAGCAGCUCUUGACAGUGGAAGCGAUCGUCCAAUGGAUGGAACAAUUCAUUUCGAUCUUAUUCGUGGUGCGGCCUGGCCAGAAGCAUGGUCGAAUAUUCCGGUUCGAGCAGGAUGGUAA